CAGUCAGCCUGGCCGAGCGAACGCCGCACACCAAGUGGCCAGCAGCCCGCCAUGCCCGAGCCGCCCUCAGGCUACCCCAACAGCUGAUAUCGUGCUCUAAGUGAUACCCGGCCACUGGAAGGCUGGCGAGGCGGCCCCAGCCCAGUGAGUGCCAUGGGCGGUGAGUGAGAAGGAGCCAGUGUGUGACCCCCCCCCCAUCAUCGCCGCCAUGAGGAGUUCCGGCUGGCCCCUGGCCCGCCUCGCCCUGCACCUGCUGGUGCUGCUCACACGUUCCUACUGCUCUCUCGCAGAUAUGCCCACAUAUCGGCCGGCCGUGGAACAAGCAUUCAAGACGAUGACAGAUGGUAAUAUUUCGGCUAUCCUGGAUUCCCUACAGACUGGGUAUGACAAACGCAUAAGGCCCAAAUACGGAGAAUCGCACGUGGACGUCGGUAUUACGAUGCAUAUUCUCAGUAUUAGCUCGCUCUCUGAAGUUCAAAUGGGUAAGGGAUCGUUCACAGCCGCUACCAACUCAGGCAGGGCAGCAGCAAUGUCGCCAUCCGGAGGAUCUAAUUCUGGCGAUGGUCCUGAAUCCGAUGGACCAAGUCAGGACUUUACUCUCGACUUUUAUUUUCGUCAACACUGGACCGACCCUCGGCUGUCCUUCCCCGAUCGUGGGGGUUUGGACGAACUCACAGUGGGCUCGGAGUAUCUGCAGAAAAUUUGGGUUCCAGACACCUUUUUUGCCAAUGAGAAGAAGUCUUAUUUUCACACGGCAACCACCUCUAAUGAGAUGCUCAGAAUCACCAACCAGGGCAAAGUUUUGCGGAGUAUAAGAUUGACCAUCACUGCCUCGUGUCCGAUGAACCUCCAAUACUUCCCAAUGGACCGACAGCUCUGUAUCAUCGAAAUUGAAAGCUUCGGCUACAGUAUGGACCACAUCCGUCUAUCCUGGCAUGCGGGGGACAGAUCUGUAGUCAUAGAAUCUGACGUCUCCUUGCCUCAGUUCCGCGUACUGGGCUACAACAGGAAGACUAUCAUUUCAUCCACCUCCACUGGCAACUACUCACGGCUGCUGUGUGAGAUCAUGUUUGUGCGAUCCAUGGGUUACUACCUAAUUCAAAUAUACAUCCCCUCGUCACUGAUCGUCGUCAUCUCCUGGGUUUCGUUCUGGCUCAACCGAUCAGCCACGCCUGCGAGAGUAUCGCUGGGCGUGACCACUGUGCUCACCAUGACGACCCUCAUGUCUUCUACUAACGCCGCCCUGCCCAAGAUUUCCUACGUCAAGUCCAUCGAUGUCUACCUAGGCACCUGCUUCGUUAUGGUGUUCGCCUCCCUGCUUGAAUAUGCCGCCGUGGGAUACAUGGGCAAGAGAAUCCAGAUGAGAAAGAAUCGCAUCCUAGCGAUCCAGAAGAUGGCUGAGCAGCGGAAGGCAGCCACACUGGACCACUCUCACGCGUCGCAAGACCAUCCUGACCACGCUCCUAAGCAGACAGAGGUCCGGUACAAGCUGCACGAUCCAAAGGCUCACUCCAAAGGCGGUACUCUGGAAAACACCAUCAACGGUCGUGCAGAUGAAGAGGCACCACCGCCCAUCGCCAAUUUGUUGCCCCACAAGGAUAUCAACAAGAUGAUAUAUGAAUUCCCGCUGAGGCCUCAUGGCCUGAACAAGCUGUACGGUUGCUCACCCUCUGACAUCGAUAAAUAUUCCAGGAUCGUCUUUCCUGUGUGCUUUGUUUGUUUCAACCUCAUGUACUGGAUCAUCUACCUACACAUCUCCGACGACUCCACGGAGGAUCUGAUCAUUCACAAUGCCGAUAAUUGAGGCCGGAGAGCGUACAAAAGCAGAUCGAUUGGCUUCUUAUCCAUUGUUCAUUUGUUCAUCUCGCGAAGUGUGUUUAUGUUACACUGUGUUUGUGUUUAUUUCAUGUCACGCUACCUCGUCCCAAGGAGUUUUGUGACCAGGUACUCUGUUAUUUUGUUUCUGUAUUAUGGUUAUUAUUAUUACUAGUUUUACAUUGGAAGAAUUGUUCAUGUGGUUGAAAACGACAAAAUUGGAAAUGAGUUCGCGUCUCAUAUGCACCUUUAAUUUAGCCAGACCGUCUCAGGUUAAGGAAAUUCUCAUGUAACUAUGUAACCUUAAUGCAAUGAUAAUCAUAUUCUCAAUAAACCUUUGCAAUCCUGAACUCUCACACAUCACA